GUACAAAUACAGAUUAAAGUGAUGUCCUUUUAAAAAGAUAGAGCAAAGAUUGGCAUUAAUGGUUGCACCUGUAGGGAAGAGAGAUAAGAGCAAACCAAGAGGCAGAGCUGACAAAAGGCUGCUGUGAGCACUUGCCUGGCCUGGAAAGAGGAGUGUUAGGCUUCAUAGACUAAGAGUGAAGGUGAAAGUAAAAAUGGAAUCUCUGAAGUGUGAACAGAGGAUCACAAAGGUCUCUCUAGCUGAGCUUCUGAGGUGUUUUGAACAUCCUAUAAGUGAGGAGCAAGCCUGGGCUAUCUGCUUUCAGUGUUGCUGUAAAAUGGAGCAGUUGGCUCAGGAGCUGUGCCCAUCACUCCAUUCUGUAUUCAUAAAAGGUUGUGGGAGCGUCUUGAUCCAUGCUGAUGGUACUGCUUCCUUCAAGGUCUACCACAAGUCUGAUAUUGGCAGCAUUCAGCAUUCAGAGGACAAGCUGUUGGAAUACUUGGGAGUGGUGAUCUAUGAAGCCCUGGACUGGGGCAUUGACAGCCAGCUGGAGCGACAACUGAGUGGUCCUUUGGAGAAAUUGCUGUGCCUCAUGUUGAAACUGGAUGAUGAGCCAAUGAAACCAGAACUCACCCUGCAGGAUGUUAUCAAGGCCUGUGAGGAGCACUUGCCCAGGCCUUCUGAGGCUAGCAGACAUUAUGAAAUGACCUGUAGGAAUCUGUUUGCUGAAUAUAUGGAACUUCAAAAGCUUGUGACCAUCAUCCAGACCUCCAAAGAGCGACUGAGAAAAAUGGAUGUGGAAGAUUUGGUGGAAAAUCCCAUUCAAAAGAAGAAAAACUGUGGCGCAUCCCUGUGGCCCAGUGUCAUCAGUGAACUGCAGGCUGGCGUGAGGCUGCACAAGGCCAGUGAGCGACCCCAGCGUUGUGUGCCUCCGAAAGAACGGAUCCGCUCUCCCUUUGAAUUGCUUUUGGAUGAUAUUCAGCACAAGAGAUACACCCUACGGAAGGUGAUCGUUGAGCAAAAACACAAGGACCCCAAAGUUGAUGUAGCUGCUCCCAAGCCUCAUCUAAAGCUGGUGUUGGAGAGGCAGCUGAAAGAGUGUGUGCCAUGUGAGACCAGCUGGCAUGAACGGUGCAUGGUAGAAAUAAAACAACCACAGAAGCUUCAGUCAGCAGCAGCACAGGAAAAAGGGAGCAGGACCAAAGAAAUGCUUUUGACACCAAGUACAGCCUUGAACUCUCCAAGUGACAGUUUUUUAACUCUCCAAGAUGCCAGUACUGAGUUUAAAGUUGUCAGCACUAAACCACAGCAGCCGGGACCAGGAGUUCAGGAAACCACUCCCAAGCUGCCUGACAGCACCUGCCUUUCCUCCAGCAGGUCAUCUCUAGUAUCCUACAACAGCACAGGUCUCACUGCAAAUUCCCUGUGUCCCCCAUGUCCACCCACACUAGGAGAUGUCAAACCCAAGAGUUUCCUGAAUACUGGCCAACAGCAGCUGCCUCCUUACAGAAGAAGGUCCAAAUCUUUAGAGACAGGCCUUCAAAGCAAGGAACUUGACUCUCUCUCUCCUACCAAGUGGCCAUCACCAACCAUUGCUGAGCUGAUUGGAACCAGAUAUUCAGAGAUGGUGCUGAAAGGGCAAGACUUCUUCCAAAGAGGUGGUGAUGGUGUCUUUCUAAGAGCAAAGAUCUGUUUCAGCUGCCAUAAGCAGAUGUUUCUUAAGUGGCCUUACAACUGUUACCUCUGCAGCAGUGUUGUCUGCUGUGACUGCUGCAUCAAGAUGUCGAUGCCCUUCAGAACGUGUGUACAUCUUCCACUUCACUUCCUAAAACUUUUGAGACUCUCCAGAGAGGACGACCCAGCUACUGAAGAGCAGAAGAGCUCAGAGUUGCUACAUGAAAUAGAGCACGGGCAGUAUUUUGGGGACCUGCCUCUUCAUGUUGCCUGCAGCCUUCUGAUUCUAUAAGGUUUGAGUAUCCAAGCCCAGACACUGCCCAGCGUGCACAGCACUUCUGUGUAACAAUUUGUACAAUAACAGGUAAUACUUGUCCACAAGUGAUCUCUCUUCAAAUGGGGCAGACUUCAGAAAUAAGAAGGCUGAAGUUGGCCCUGCAGGCCCUUGAAGCCACUAAUGGAGGUGAAUUUUCAUAUGCCAGCAACAAAGUAAGAGGGAGAGAAAAAGCCAGGCCACAAUGAGCAGUAUCUGCAAUCCUUGUUGAGUGCCACUGGAAAACAAGCAGAGCUGGUGAGUGUGUACUGAAGGCAUGGUGUCUGAAAACUUCUUAGUUUUUUACUUAAAACAGAAAAGACAGCAUUUCCAUAGCUGGGAAAAGCUGAAAAAAGCUGAAAAGAGAGGGAACCCCUGCCUGGAAGUCCUCACCUUUGGAAAAUAACUCCCUGCCAGGCACUGAGCUGCACAUACAUAUGGGUUGUGAAGAGUGACCAUGAAAAUUGGGUGAGUAUGGCAUCAAGAGGAGCACUGACCCCACAUCACAGCUAGAAGAUCAGCGAUAGAGGAGAUAGCCAUAAACCAAAACAGGUCAUCCAAAGUCAGGAAAACAUGAGGCUUCCAAACCUUCAUUGCAUCCUCCUUAGUUUAUUUACUUAAAACAGAAAGGAUUACAUUUCUAUAGCUGGGAAAAAUCAUCCCCAUUGAGAGAGAGAACCACAAGUAUCUUACCUGCCCACAGACAAGCAGUCACAAUUUCUCUCACUAAUCUUCUCCAGUGGUUUUAACCACCCAAGAUAAUUGUGGGCCCGAUACACAGGCCUUCACACUUGCUUUUGUUAACAGAGCAAGCAGGAUCUGUGUUAUCUCUGCAUGACAAGUAGUAAGAACCUUAUUUCAUACGUGUGAGUAACGUAUAAAGAAAUGAAGCGGCCACCACAGGAGCAGGUUGAAACACAGGGUCUUUCACUCCCAGCCCUGAGCUCCUUCUUUCAGACCAUGCUGCCAGCUCCGAGACGUGGCUGGGCUGUUAUUUAUAUGUGUAAUAAAACGCCACCUGAAUGCAGCUGGAGUGCUACCUUUGAGCAACACGAGCACGCUGGGGACUUUAUUUACGGCUAUUUCACUUUGCCUCUCUUGAUGCUGGGAAUGAGAGUUUCAGGUGUGCUACCCUUUAAAAAAACCCACUGUGAAAUAUGCAUAUGUUAAAGUGGGUUGUGCUUUUGUGGAGCCUGUAUCCCAAACUGCAUAGUAGCUGCUUUGUGCACAAAUUGUACAAAGGCACAGUUCCACUCCAGUGAAAAUGUAUUUAUCAGAACUAAGACAGUAUGAAUCUGAUUCAUUAAAUAAGACCUCAUUUUUUUAAGGGAAUGUUAGGAGUAAUACAAAUACAACAAGCUCGUAAGGCCCUUGAAAGGUAAGGGUGAAGCAAGCUUACUCUUUAACUACUGCAACUUGGGAAAGGUGGUUUUGGAAGUGCCAUAAAAAUUGUAACUUUAUUGGGAUAUUCCGGACACUACUGUACCCCACAGGGUUCAGGGGAAUGAUGAGAUUACCCACCCAAAUGUAAGUUUAUUUGAACAAUGCAAUUUAUAUGAAAUCCAGGAUUUUUCAAGAUAAGAGAAAAUCAGGACUUUUUCAUUUUUUGCCCGGACAGCUGGGGAAUUCAGGACCAGCUACACUUGAGCACUCUGCAUU